AUGGUGAACACCAUCGGGCAAGUGCUCAACUGGAGAGGAAUGGAGCCUGACGUACGAAAGCUCACGGGCAACUGCUUAGCGUGCUUGAAUGCAAAGCACCCGACGACUCGGUAUGGCAAGUUGCCGCCGAUGGCGGUCGAAGUAUGGCCGUGGUUUGUAGUUGACUCCAUCGGUCCCUACGGACGGAAAGGCUUCCGGGCACUAACAUGGGUCAUUGACACAGCGACGUGGAUGAUCGAGAUACUACCCCCUACGGACGCAACGAGCAUGGAGGAGGCGUACCUAGUGUACAGGUACUGGUUUGCAUGCUACUCCCGCUCAACACGCGGUAUCCACGAUGGUGGAAGCGACCACAGCGUCAUCGAACGUGUGCACAGAGUGAUCGGAGAGAAGACGAGGACAAAGAGCAUCAAUACACAACGCGAUUGGGCAAACUUCCUCAACGACACCAUGUUCGCCAUGAGAGCGUCCAACCACUCAAUGUUGAAGGCUUCACCGACGCAGUUGGCAUUCGGACGUGACACGCAGGUGUACCUUGCCCACGAAACAGAUUGGCAAGCGGAGCAUCAGCGCAAGGUAAACCAAGUACGAGCGCACAACGCUCAUCAAGUACUACUACGUCGUGAUGCUUGCGUUCAAAGCAAGAUGCAGCCUCUCUUCGACGGACCCUUUGAAGUAAUCGCUGCUCAAGAACACGGGACGUUUACCCUUGACAAGGUCCGAUACCUUGAGAAGGCAAACGUACGUCGUGUGCGACCCUGCAAGGCCAAGCGUGGAGGAUACUGUGAGCAGCCGCAGUAA